AUGUCAUUUUAUUGUUGUCAAAAUUCCAGUAGCAUAACAGACAUGUUUAUUUGCUAAUUUAUUUUCUAUUUUUAUAUUUCUCAUUUCAAAUCCACCCCAUUUCGGAUUCAUCCUCUCCCAACGAUCCCAUAAAGCAUCUUACAUGUACGCCCGAAGAAUAUCCUGCGGUUUGACCCCUACACAACAUACACAUAACCUGAGCAGAGCCCUACCGGAAAAAUACAGCAAAGACAUAAUCUUUUCCAAUUCGGUACUUAAAAGGCAGUUUUUUGACUGGGGUAAGUCCGCAGAUUUAAAAUUGAGGUUGGAACGCUUAAUUGAUAAAGCCAGAGCCUGUAAGAAAAUAUUGCUUUCCAAAUCAAAUCCUGAAAAGGCUUUGAGGUCAUGGAUUCAGCAGUUCGAAUGUGUGUUCGCCCAAAGGGUUAGAAGAGGGCAACAAAUGAUUUGCUUGUACUCCAAAUGGUGGGAGGAGAGAGCAUUGAGGGAGUUUCUUAGAGCAUGGAGAAGUAACUUCAAUAGGCAUGGGCGAGAGCUUAUGGUUGGUGCUCUAGGUGUAUCAGUAUUUAACUGGGAUGAAGAAAGGAUAAAGGAUGAAGAAUUUAUGGAACAUCUGGACGAUUUAAAAUAUAUUAAUGUAUUAAAGGAGGAGACAAUAUGUCUUUCUUGUGCCAAGGAACAGAGGUCUACGAAAAAUACCAGAAUCUGUGAGUGUGGUACUAGUGGUGUAACCAAUAAAACCUACGAAAAUUGGGUGCCAUUUAUAGAAAAAGAUGACCUAGUGGUUUGGCGAAGACCACACGGUACCGAGGGACUUUUUGAAUACAAAGUCUAUGGCUCUUAUCACGACGUUACGGCAGAAGAUUUUUUAAAUGUUCAGGUGGACACAAAUUACAGAAAAGAUUGGGAUACCACUGCCGUUAAGUUAGAAAUUGGCGAAAGAGAUACGAAAGAGGAUUCAAACAGUGACAUAUUAUAUUGGGAGAUGCAAUGGCCUCGACUCUUUGUUAACAGAGACUAUGUCUUCAAUAGAAGAUUCAAAGUGUUUAGGGACUCCCAAACUAUUGUUAUAAUAAACAAAACAACUGAAUAUGCCAAAUUUCCUAAGUAUCCAGACAAAUUUAGGGUUGAAGAAUAUUGGUCCUGUAUGGUUAUAAGGCCUUAUGAAAAUAUGAAUGAAUUAGGCAUAGAAUUCAGUUUGACUUAUUUCGACAAUCCCGGAGUCAAUAUUCCCGGGUCGAUAACUACGUGGGUGGCCAAAAGUGCGAUGCCGGAUUAUUUGUCAAAGUUGAGAUCGGCCAGCAGAAAUUACAAGCAAUAUUGUUUACAAAGGGGCACCAGUAAGGCCUGUGAAAUCUACCAGCAGGAAGAGCGAGAGCGAAGGGAAGAAGAGGAGAGAAAUAAAUUGGAAUAUUGUAGUAACGAUCGGUUUAGGCAGGCGAUCCAGGAGAUAUUCGAGGAUUUCCAGAGAAGGACGAAUGAACGGUUUUUUCAGAAGUCGGAAAUUACCCAUCCAGGACAAAUAAUAAAACAACUAGACAGAAGACAACAGUCUGAAGAACUCGUCCAACAAACAAGUCAGAAAGCCAAACAAGAGUCUUUUUGGAGAUACUUCCACCCCCUGUAUUAUUUUACAUAGCCCUUUUUAAUAUUUAGUUUGGUGUAAAAUAUUAAUUAUCAUAAUAUGAGUGAAAAAUAGUCGUAAUACUAAUUACUCUAAGACUGUAAGCUAUCAAUUGAACAUUGUUAAAAAAAAGAAGGAAAUAUAUUAUUACUUUGUUAUUUAUUUUAAAA